UACAUUGUAUUGGUGCAUAUACAUACACUAGGCUCGUGAGCAAUAUAGCAGCAGCCAUCUUAUAUUUUGUGUUGAAGAAAAACAUUUAUUUAAACAAAUGUCUCGCGUUAUUCCGUGAGUAGAAACGGCGAGGAGGAGUGCGCUCGAUGAGGCGUAGCUUUUUUAUCAUUAAACCCGGACCACUACAUUAGCAAAGGUGGAUUGGUACGCAGGAUAUGAGCAGUUUGUCAAGCGCAACCUGACUCUGCUCCCAGAACAGCAAGCAGCGAGCCAGCAUCUUCAGCCACUGCAGCAGCUGGUUCAUCCCCAUCAUCACUCGGACAUUAUGACAUCAAUGUUCGACCAACAGAUAAAAAGUGAACCUAUGGGAUUUUACUCAGUAGCUUCAAGUCGGUCUGACGGUUCUAAUUCUAUGGUAAAUCUCUCUGACGAUCGCGAGGAUCUUUCUCAGCAGGAGGGACAUCUUCAGCAGCAGGAAUCACAUUUGCAACAGGAGAGUCAUCAUCAGCAAUCCGAGGGACAUUUGCAGCGACAGGACGGUCACUUGCAAAAUAUGCAACCACAUCAGCAACAUCACGACCAUCAUGAUCAUCACGAUCAUCAUGAGCAGCCACAGGGAGCAAGUGACUCGCCAGGUCGUCAGUCAACUGGUCAGCAAACUGUCAAGGAGGGAACGAGAUCCAAGCCGCAGCCUUGUAAAGUUUGCGGUAAAGUUCUCUCUUCCGCCAGUUCAUACUACGUUCACAUGAAACUGCACUCGGGCAAUAAGCCGUACCAUUGUACGGUUUGCGAAGCCAGCUUCUGCAGGAAGCCGUACCUCGAGGUUCACAUGAGAACCCACACUGGCGAGAGACCGUUCCAAUGUGAAUUGUGUCUUAAACGUUUCACUCAGAAGAGCAGUUUGAAUACUCACAAGCGUGUACACACUGGUGAACGUCCCUAUGCUUGUGAUAUUUGUCAGAAAAGAUUUGCUGUUAAAAGUUACGUUACGGCACAUCGUUGGAGUCACGUUGCUGAGAAGCCUCUCGUUUGUGAAAGGUGUUCUCUGACCUUCACGUCAAAGAGUCAAUUUGCGAUUCACAUUCGCACCCACACGGCAAACACCACAUUCGAGUGCAACAUUUGCGGUCGCACAUUUGUCCGAGACAGCUAUCUGAUAAGACAUCAGAAUCGAGUGCAUCGCGAGAUGAAUCAAGCAAAUGCCAAUCACAAUCCACCGACACCACAGAGUAGCGGCGGAGCAAGUGGCACUGGUUUCGAGAGUCCCGUUUGUGAAUUACGCUACAACGAGGGCCAAUCAUCAUUGGAGUCAUUGAGCGCGAGUAAAGGCGGUGGAAUCGCUGCCGAAAUUGCGAGUUUAGCCAAGCAGAACAGUCUACAACUUCCUCUUCCACUGCUGCAUCCGCAGACCACCAACUAGUGUUUGGACGGCAGCGCGACACAGUCUCUGCCGUUACAACAGUCACCGCAGCAAGUAAUAUGUCCCACCACCACAAUGGCCUCAACGCCAUUUACACUCAAUUCAUCAUCAUCAUCCCUAUCACACGAGCACCUAACAUCACAGAGUGUCUACCAAACGACGGGAUCAUCAUCCGGUCCCAUGAACAGUUCCAAUUCCCAAAUCUAUUCACAUUUAACGCCUCCAACUCUCGAUCCCGCGGACUCGCAUCAAUUGCACCGCGGCAUCCCUCCGCCAGGGCUACACCCUGCAUUAUAUCUUUACGCCCAGUACACGAAUACCGGUCCCACUAUUUCCUAUCCCGAAUACAUUCAACGCAAUAACUGAAAACAAAUUCAUUGCUAGCAUUCACGAUUCAGCUUGUGAUUCGAAAUUCCCCCAAUUCUUUCUUCUUUUACUUUUCUCAUCUAUUUUCGGUAUUAUUCACUUCAAAAACAAUUUAUUUUUCAAGUCUUUUUUUUGGUCAAAACUUUCAAGAUUCGAUCAAAUCAACGAAAUUUGUUUCACUCUCUAUAAACUUUGAACGCUCAAAUAAAUUAAAUUUAUCAUUUAUUUUCUAUAAAUUUUGAACGUUCAAAUUAACGAAAUUUGUUUCAUUCUCUUUAAAUUUCGAACGCUUAAAUGAACGAAAUUUAUGUUUAAUUUUCUAUAAAUUUUGAACGAAAUUUGUUUUAUUUGCUGCAAAUUUUUAACAUUCAAGUGAAAGACAUUUUUUUAUUCCAUUUGCUAUAAAUUUUAAGCGAUCAAAAUAAACGAAAUUUCUUUCUCUCAGCUUCCUAAAAAUUUUAACGUUCAACUGAAUGAAAUAUUUUCCCACUACAAAUAUUUUCAAAAAUUACGGACUGGAGUUAAAAUUAACGAAAUAUUUCGUUCAUUUGAACGUUCCAAAUGGAAAAAAGAUUCGUUUUGAAAUUAUAUGUUCGACUUUGAUUGCAGUCAGUGAUUUUUGGAAACAAUUAAAAAAAAUAUUUCGUUCAUUUAAAUAUUCCAAUUUUUUUGGGCAUAAGAUUCGAGUUUAAAAUUACUUUUUCGAUUUUUAUUGCAGGCGCUAACUUUUGAAAACAAUUAAAAUAUUUCGUUCAUUCGAACGAUCCAAAUGAAAAAAAAAAUUAUUGUUUGACUUUGAUUACAGUCAGAAAUUUUUGAAAAUAAUUAAAAUAUUUCGUUCAUUUGAACCUUCCAAAGUUUAAAGUUUAACAAUCGUAAUUUAAUCUAUUAAUUCAACAAAUUUGUAAAUGGAGAAAGAGAGGCAGAAACAGAAUAAUUGCAUAAUUUUGAAAAAGAAUUUUGAAAAAAAGUUACAGAAACUAAUUUAUACGAAAUAAAAUUUCAAUUUUCAUUUGAAUCGAAAUUCGAAUUACUUUCAAUUUCCAUAAAAUAAUGAUCGGAAAAAUAAAAAAAACUAGAAAAGUUAAAGAAUAAAAGAAUUAAAAUUGACUUUCGAAUCAUUAAAAAAUGAAUCAAUGCCAGCAAGAGAUAAAUUCUCAGAUGUCUCUACACGUUUCAAUUGUGUCUGCACUUUUCUUUUGUAUCUUUUUUAACUACGUCUGCGAGUAUACAUAUAUUAUGCGAACAUCACACAUAUUUAUAUUAUAUUUUUAAAGGAGUUUAGUCACUUGGAUCUGUGAUAUAGAUAGUAAUUAUUGUCUACAAAGUUUAAACAAACAAAAAAAAUAUUGGUUUUGCUGUUUCGAUGCAACAAACUAAAAACGAAAAAGAGAAGAAAGUGGAAAGUAAAAGAAAGCAAAUGUCAUCGAGCGAUAUUAAAAUCUUUGGCCUCUACCAAAGAUGUUUGGUAGACACCCUAAUAAUAUUAGUUUUAACGAGACAAAAAUCGUUAAACUAAAAAUUCUUUGAUACUAUUCGCCAUCACUUAAAUUUUCACUUUUCAAAAAAAAAAAACAUCUCACGUUUAUAUUCCAAUAUCGAUAACAGUACUAAUCGCUUAUUCUUUUUUUUUCUUUUCCAGUCCGAAUCAGAAUGGAAUUUUCAAUUAAUCGGUUAUAGUAAUUAUUAAUUAUCUCAAUUAUUAUUAAUUAAUUACUUAACUAGUGGAUUUAAUUUUACUAAUUACAUAAUUAGUAGUUUUGAGUUUUGCUAAUUAUAUAAUUGAUAGAUUCGAUUUGUUUAUUAAUUACAUAAUUAGUGGAAUAAUUUAGAAACAAUUUAGCACAAUACUGAAAUUUUAAUUCGAAUUAUUAGAGAAAAAAAUUCGAUUUCUGAUUCGCGACUAAGGAAAUAACACUCAUUGUGUAUUGAGAUCAUCCUCAUGGUUUCUCUUUGACUCGAAAAGCUUUCUUAACUUUAUUUCUGCAGUGAUUCUCUAAUCAUUUGUUUCUUCAUAAAAAAGCGUUUAUUUAAAAUUUAUAUUUUUCAAAAUCGUUUCAUUCAAAGAACUAUUUUUUCUGUUAAUUUCUUAACGUUUCUCAAUUACUUCUCAAGAGGAAUUUAAAAAAAUUAUUUAGUUAAAAUUUUGAAAAAAAUCUACCAAAUUGUUAGAAAAUAAAUUUAAUUGGUUGAAAAUGAAUUUAUUUAUUCAAAGGAAAUAAGUACAGAAAAUAAUUUCUUUUUAAGAACAAAUUUCUGUUUGGAAGAAAAUUAUAAAUUGUAAAGAAAAACCGUUUAUUCGUUGCUUAAUAUUUUCAGAGGAAACUUGAAUAUUCGCGUGAAAAAGUAGAUCUCAAAUUGACAAUAAUUUUUCAAAUUUCGACACUAAACGAAUUUAAUUGAUUUCAAAAUGAAAAUGUUUCUUCUGGAAACUUAAGAAAAGAAAAUGGUUUUCUUUUUCGAACUUCAACAAAUUUUUAUUUUCUGAAAAAAAUGUUUUUUCUUUCCUUUAAAUUUUUUAGUCAAUUUUUUUUAAAAACUUUUUUUUAAAGGAAACUAUUUUCUAUUCUUUCAUCAAUGUUUAGAGAUUCACACUAGAUUAGUUUUUCUUGGAGCGAGAGACAAUAUCGAUUCUAAUGAUAAAAAAAAGAAAAAAAGAAGAAACAAAACAAAUUUCCAACUGUAGAUUAAAAAAAAACAAACAAAAUCUAGAGAUUUGAAGCCAUUAGUUCCAUAGGUGUACUUAUGUUUGACAUAUCGAAGUAUACUUUAUACGACGUUGUAAAUACAGAUUACGAAUCCAGAAAAAACUUAGAUAAUGUUUUGAUGAUAAAACAAAAAUCAUACUUUCAUCUACGGUCCAAGAACAUUAUUUAGAAGGUAGCAAAAAAAAAAAAAUAGUCCAACUGUUUACGCAAAAAAACACUAUUAAGCUACUAAUUUCAAAAAAAUAAUUGCUAACAAAUACAAGGGGGGAAGGGGGGAACAUAAUAGCGCAUUUUUGCAAAAACUGUUCCCAAAUACGAAAUUUGAGCCCUCGAUUUACAAUUUAAAAAAAAACAAGUGCGCGUCACAAAAAAAACGGGGCUGACUCAUUAAAUAUUUAUUUCUAUUCUGCAAGAAAAAAAA